AGUGUCGUAAACAUGAACUUGAAAAUGUUCGUUCGUGAAUAUUUGAUUAACAUAGUAAUUCUUACUGCCUGAAUAGUAAAUCUAUUAAUAUCUGAUAUUUGGAUACAGGCUAAUUAAGUACUCGUAUAGUUAUUAUGUAAUUGUUACCUAAAGAAACUUUCACAAGUAUUUGAUAUAUCCAUAAAGGAUUGCAACUUUACUGCUUCAUUUAAAUAUGGCUUUACGUUAUAUUAUUACAAAUGUAGGCCUAAAAUCGAAUAUAAUUAAUCACUGUAGAUAUAUCUCUUGUUGGUCAUGUGGUACUAAUAAUGUAAAUAAUUUGGUGGUGAAUCUAUUUUGUUCAAAAUGCAAUGCUUUACAACAACCUGGUACAAAUAUAAGCUACUUCAAGAUCAUGGGUGUGAGCGAGACAUACGAUUUAGAUGAAAUUGAACUUGCGAAAAAAUUUAAGGAGCUUCAAAAAUAUCUUCAUCCUGAUAAAUUUGCUAACAAACCAAAGCAAGAACAAGAAAUAUCAGAAAAAUAUUCAUCAUUAGUAAAUGAAGCUUAUAAAACUUUACUAGAACCAUUAGCUAGAGGUAUUUACAUGUUGAAAUUAAAAGGUAAAGAAAUUCCAGAAAAUACAGAAGUUGACCAAGAAUUUCUUAUGAUGAUUAUGGAGAAAAAUGAAGAAGUGGAAAGUGCGGACUCGGAUGAAGAAAUCAUGAAAUUGAACAAUGAGAAUAAAACAAUAAUCAAAGAUUUACAGAAAAAAUUGUCUAAAGCAUUUUUUGAUGGUGAUUUGAAGACAGUCACAAAGUUACUGAGUAAAAUGAAAUAUUACACAAGUAUAGAUAACCAAAUACAAAGUGUUAUUCGAAAUAAAGGCAUUAUUAGAUAGAUAUAGACAUAUGUUAUUCAUUUUAAUAAGACAAUGUU